CUACAUCACACCUCACAUUCCAUACCUCAACAAAGGCAGGAGCCAAGAAAUAACGUCCAGCGGUGGAGGUUCACUCUUCAAUUAUACCACAGAUACCGUUUGAUUGUAUCUGGAUCUCAGACAAGAUGGCGGGCGCUAUGGACAGAGCUAAGCGGGAUCUCCCCAAAAUCAGAGAUGAAGAGCGCGAGAAAAUGCUUGGUUCAGUCUAUUCCGUCUCAGGUCCUGUGGUCAUCGGAGAAAACAUGAGGGGUUGUGCGAUGUAUGAACUUGUUCGUGUUGGUCACGAUGAGCUAGUAGGAGAGGUCAUCAGAAUAGAAGCGGACAGAGCUACGAUUCAAGUAUACGAAGAGACUUCUGGUGUAACAGUAGGAGAUCCUGUACUGAGAACUGGGAAACCCCUUUCAGUGGAGCUCGGACCAGGUCUUAUGACAAACAUCUUCGAUGGUAUUCAACGACCCCUUAAAUCCAUCCAAGAACGUUCCCAAUCCAUCUACAUUCCCAGAGGUAUCAACACUCAAUCACUCUCGAGAGAAAUCAAAUGGGACUUUAAUCCCGCUUCCAUCCGCAUCGGUGAUCACAUCACUGGAGGUGAUAUCUUUGGAUCGGUCUAUGAAAACUCAUUGGUGGACAAUCAUAAGAUCAUGUUGCCUCCCAGGGCAAUGGGCACUGUCACUCAUAUUGCCGAGAAGGGCAGUUAUACCGUGGAGGAUGUCGUGCUGGAGACCGAAUUCCAGGGUAAGAAGACUGGGCACACAAUGAUGCAGCUUUGGCCUGUCCGAGCACCUCGACCUGUUGCGGAGAAAGAGACAGCGACCUAUCCCCUCUUCACAGGCCAACGUGUACUUGACGCCCUGUUCCCUUGUGUUCAGGGUGGAACCACUGCUAUUCCCGGUGCUUUUGGAUGCGGGAAGACUGUCAUCAGUCAAGCUCUUUCAAAAUUCUCGAACUCGGACAUCAUCAUUUAUGUCGGUUGUGGAGAAAGAGGCAAUGAGAUGGCAGAAGUAUUGGCCGAUUUCCCCGAACUCACAUUGGAACGUGACGGACGUGAGGAACCCAUCAUGAAACGUACUGCCCUCGUCGCCAACACUUCCAACAUGCCCGUGGCUGCCCGAGAAGCCUCCAUCUACACUGGUAUCACCCUCUCCGAAUACUUCCGUGAUCAAGGUCAGAACGUCUCGAUGAUGGCUGAUUCGACUUCGCGAUGGGCCGAGGCUUUGCGAGAAAUUUCAGGUCGAUUGGCAGAAAUGCCUGCUGAUUCGGGUUACCCAGCUUAUUUAGGAGCUAAACUCGCCGGUUUCUACGAACGUGCGGGUAAGGUCACUUGUUUGGGUAGUCCGGAACGUCAUGGAACCGUGUCUAUCGUUGGAGCCGUAUCUCCUCCUGGCGGUGACUUUUCGGAUCCAGUCACCUCUGCCACGCUCGGUAUCGUCCAAGUCUUCUGGGGUCUGUCUAAAACAUUGGCGCAGAGGAAACAUUUCCCUUCUGUUGAUUGGAACGUGUCGUAUUCUAAAUACCUCAAAAUCCUCGAUCCGCACUACGAGAAGAACAACCCUGGGUUCAUCGAACUGCGGGCAAAAGCCAAGGAGAUCUUGCAGAAAGAGCAAGACCUGGCGGAGAUUGUCCAGUUGGUAGGCAAAAGUGCGUUGGGUGAGAGUGAUAAGAUUACUCUGGAAGUCGCGCGGAUGCUCAAGGACGACUUUUUGCAGCAAAACGGUAUAUCCGAAUACGACCGAUACUGUCCUUUCUACAAAACGGCAGGUAUGCUGCGUAAUUUCGUCACAUACUUUGAAUUAUGUCAGCGAGCGGUGGAGACAUCCGAUACCACUUUCGCCAAGAUCAGAGAUGCCACUUCCGAUGUCAUGUACAAAUUAUCUCAGAUGAAGUUUGAAUCGCCCAACUCGCAGAGCGAAGAGGACAUCAAAGGUAAGUUUGAGGCUUUGUACAAUGAGAUACAAGAAACGUUUAGGAGGAUGCAGGAGUAAGGUGUUAGCUGGGAAAAGAAUGUCAUGUAUGCAUGAGAAUCUGCACUG